UGUUUAUCUUCUUGAAAAUAAAAAUCGUUGUCAUAAUAUAUCUUACUCUGGUUUUACCUUAAUUUAUAAAAUGGAUUUAAUGGAUGUGGACAAAACCUUAGACGAGUUAAUCGCUGAGAGGAAGGUGCGCAGAAAGCGUAAAUUUGUCGUAAUGGAUAAAAUUGACUAUUCGUACGAUAAAAGUUUGGAUGACAUAAUUGCGGAUAAAAAAAAGUGUGAACAAAGACCACGUCGGGAGCGACGUCGUUACGUUAAGUAUAAAAACCAACAAUCCAGACGCUGGGUUCGCAAAAAUCGAGUAAAGUCAACAACCAUGUCAAAGAAGCACAAUUAUACAUUGAUAAUGGUUUACAAUCUUGACAAAUACGUAACCAAUGAUGACCUUAUGGUUCUUUUUGAAGAUUUCGGAACUGUAAUGAAUUUGUGCAUUCAUUACAAUGUGGAUUCUGAAUCUUUAGGUAUAGCGCAUGUUAUGUUUAAGUAUAGAGAGGAUGCUCUAACAGCUAUUACUGUUUGCAAUGGUGUUAAAUUAGAUGGCAAGGAAAUGUUAAUUGAACUCUCUAAUAUAUGGAAUAUACGUAUUCCUUAUUUAGAUGAUAAUAGUCAAGUUAACCCAUAUAACGAAAAAGGUUUUAAUCGUUCAGGACCAUUUCGUAGACGUUGACUUAAUGACUAUUUUGACAAAACAACUAACUACUCUUCUGUAAUGCAAAUAAUAUAUAUUAUUUGCACAUAUAAAUAAAACA